AUGCCAUCAUCAGCGCAGUCACAGCACGCGCGCUCACACGCCCUGCUUCUCCUCCAGAAAUUACUCAAUCUGCGCGACAGUGCCAGCCCGUUGACGCUGGUGCUCGACACCCUCGAGCAGAGCGCCAAGCCCGUUAUACGCGAGUUCAUGGGCCGAGCCAAGGUCGGUAGCUCUCAGUCAUUACCUACCUAUACUCCCCGCGUCAUGGUCAUCGCUUCAUACGUCGGUAUGAAGCGGUGUGUUAUCCUUUGCUCUUCUGAGAUAUCCAAAACCCAAGUAAUCUUCGUCUCCUUCGCCACGCUCCGCAAGCCCGCUGACGCCGACAUAUUCGUUAAGGCCCGGGGCAAGUCGCCCGAGGCGCUACGGGCCGAGAUCGCCUCGCACUAUCCCGCAGGGGCCGCGGUGAAGGCUCAUAAAACCCUCAUAAUCCUCGACACCCUCACCCCCCUAGCCAGCACCACGCCCUCCACGCUCCCCCUCUUCCUCUCCAGCCUCAUCACCAGCACCAGCAUCUCCCUCGUAGCGACGUACCACACGGACGUUCCACUCACACAACCGCGUUCCUCUUCCACAUCCUCCUCCUCAUCCUCUUCACCCUUCGGCUUCAGCGAGUACGAGCCACACCCCCUAACCACGCUCCUGCACCUCGCGACCGCCGUCCUGCGCACCUCAAGUUUGUGUCAAACUAUCGAGCGGCAUCGCGUGCGCAACCGCAGUCUUGCGGAGCCGGGGUGGGGGCUCGCCGAGGGCCGGGAGGGCGUGCUGGUCGGGUUGGGCGGAGAGCGGAAGCGGGAGGUCGGCAGCGGCGGGGCGCUGGUGGUUGAGAUGGAGCUGCGGAGGCGGAGCGGGCGUGCCGUGGCGGAGAAAUUUGUGCUCGUGCCGUCGUCGUCGCGGACUACUACAAGUACAACAAGUACACCCUCAGAGAAAAAGAAGACCGAGACGUCGCGGCUAUAUCUCCUAGCAGACCAUCCCGCAUUCAGAAAAGACCCUAGCGAGGCGGAAUCGGGAGUAGCAGAUCAGGGCGAGGAGCAGGGCGCGGAGACGACGUUUAAUCUGGGGUUGACAGAGAAGCAGCGCAGGGACAGGGAGGGCAUUAUGUUGCCGUACUUUGAUGCGCAGAGCGACAUUGGCGCUGGUGAGGGCGGGAGGAUCUUGUACGAAAUGGGGCGGGAGGACGACUUUGAUGAUGAGGAGGACGAGAUUUAG